UUGUGGCAAAUAUAUAUGUAUUUUUCUGAAAGAUAGUGGAGAUACCUUUGCAUCCAAAAAAGUCUGAAUUGGAAUUGGAAUCUAAUCCAUGCAUGAAGCAGGAUGUGGCAACUAAUCAAUGCAUGAAGGGAAGAUGUGAGUAACUCUCCCUCAAUCUGCAACUAAAAGGAAUCAAAUGAAAUACUUCCACACGUCUCACAAUGGCCACAAUCACCAUGCCCCACACAGCCUCAAUCAACUCUCGAGUACACACAAUCAUACCCCACAAGACUGAUGAGUGCAGUAACUCCAUGUCUCAGAUCUAUCUAAGCGUCUGAUUAGAGAUUACCAAGCUGCCAACACUGCUGUGGUGAUGAACACUUUUCCUUGCGAAAAUGAAUACGUCUUUGCGUUUGUUUUCUUCCGAGCUCACAUGUCCUGCGAGUGAAUCCAUGCAAUACACGAAUUCGUCAUUAAGGGUUUCUUGUUUCAUUAAGAAAGGUGGUGGUGUUCGAGUAAGUAAUCGCAAUGGAAGGAACGCGAAGGCGGUGGUUUGUUGCCAAUUGAUGCAUAGCCACAAGGAGGAGGAGUCGAAUGAAAGAAAGAGAAAGCUGCAGGAGCCUGUGCUUGUGCCUGUGAAGAAGGCAGAUUUUGUGAGGACAUUGUUGAUUGACAACUAUGACAGUUACACAUACAAUGUAUACCAGGAACUAUCUAUUAUUAAUGGUGUCCCUCCUGUGGUGAUCCAAAAUGAUGAUUGGACAUGGGAAGAACUUUGCCAUUACUUAUACGAAGAAAAUGCUUUUGAUAACAUUGUAAUAUCACCUGGACCCGGCUCUCCAGCAUGCCCGGAAGAUAUAGGCAUUUGUCUUCAGCUGUUGCUUAAGUGCUGGGAUAUUCCUAUUCUGGGUGUUUGCCUAGGACACCAGGCAUUAGGUUAUGUGCAUGGAGCUCAAAUUGUCCAUGCAUCUGAACCAAUCCAUGGUCGUUUGAGUGAAGUUGAGCACAACGGCUGUCAGCUUUUUCAUGAUAUACCUUCUGGUAAAAAUUAUGGGUUCAAGGUGGUUCGAUAUCAUUCACUGGUUAUAGAUUCUGAAUCACUUCCUGAAGAGCUCAUUCCAAUAGCAUGGACCUCUUCCACUAGCACACUUCCAUUUAUUGGAUCCAAAGAUUUUGGCAAGUUCAAUACUCAUGAAGUUCAGCCAGAUCAAAGCAUUUUCAUUGAUCCUUUUUUAGCUAAAGUAGGAAGUGGAAGUUCAAACCAGUUUGAUUAUGGAAAAACUAGAAGUGCAAGAGUUCUUAUGGGAAUCAAGCAUUCUACAAGACCACACUAUGGUGUGCAGUUUCAUCCAGAAAGUGUUGCAACCUGCUACGGGAGUCAAAUAUUCAAGAAUUUUAGAGAGAUUACAGAUGAUUAUUGGCUGAGAUUUAGGUCAUCAUUCAAGGAAACACAUGCACAUUCUAAUGCAUGCAUGCAGAUUUCAAGUGCUAAUAGACUCUACAGAGAGGUUUGCAGAAGUAUUAGUGCAGAGAAUAAUGCAGUGGAUCAGUUAAAAAAAAUAGUUCAUGCAGAUAGACAUUUGGAAUAUAAUAAAGCUGAGAUGAAGCAUUUAGAAAUGUUCAACAUGGUAAAUACUCCUCAUGCAACCACUGGUUCUAAAUGUUUGAAGUUGAAAUGGAGGAAAUUUGGUCACUUGGCUGGUCAAGUUGGUGGAGCAAAAAGUAUAUUUUGUGGGUUGUUUGGGCAUGAAGCUGAAAACACGUUUUGGUUGGAUAGUUCCUCCACAGAGAAGGGAAGAGCACGCUUUUCAUUUAUGGGAGGAAAAGGCGGAUCACUUUGGAAGCACUUAAUGUUCAGAUUGUCUCAUCAAAGUGAUGGGAGUUCAAAAGGAGGUGGUUAUUUGUCAACUGAAGAUUGUCAAGGUUCUGCUGAAACAAUAUUUUUGGAAGAAGGUUUUCUUGAUUUUUUGAACAAGGAGCUUCAAUCAUAUCAUUAUGAUAAAAAUGAAUGUGAAGGCUUGCCAUUUGACUUUCAUGGUGGAUAUGUCGGUUACAUUGGGUAUGACCUCAAAGUUGAAUGUGGUGUCAAAUCUAACCGUCACAAAUCUAAAACUCCAGAUGCAUGUUUUUUCUUUGCUGAUAAUCUUGUAGCUAUUGACCACAAAAAUGAUGAUGUUUAUAUAUUGGCUAUACAUGAAGAAAGUUCAAGUAUUACACAGUGGUUGGAUGACACACAGGAGAAACUUCUGAGCUUAAAUGGCUCUGUGAGAGUGGCUUUGGAAAUACAGAACUCUCAUCCUUUAACUUUUUACUCAUGUAAGGCUGGUUUGGCCGCUGAAAAAUCUAGAGAGCAGUACAUUGAGGAUGUUAAGAAGUGUCUGAACUACAUUAAAGAUGGAGAAAGCUAUGAGUUAUGCCUCACAACUCAGAUAAGGAAACCUAUUGAGGAAUUGAAUUCUCUUGGACUUUAUCUGCAUUUGAGAGAAAGGAAUCCGGCACCUUAUGCUGCUUGGCUUAAUUUUUCAAAGGAGAAUCUGAGUAUUUGCUGUUCUUCUCCUGAGAGGUUCCUGCAGUUGGAUAGGAAGAAUAUACUAGAAGCUAAGCCCAUCAAGGGUACGAUAGCUCGUGGUGCUACCAAAGAGGAAGAUGAGCUACUCAAAUUAAAAUUACAGUUCAGCGAAAAGGAUCAGGCUGAAAACUUGAUGAUUGUUGACCUUCUAAGGAAUGACCUUGGCCGUGUCUGUGAUCCUGGAUCUGUUCAUGUGCCACGUCUCAUGGAUGUGGAGUCAUAUGCAACUGUUCACACAAUGGUGAGUACAAUUCGUGGGAAGAAGCGGUCAGAUGUCAGUGCUAUAAACUGUGUCAAAGCUGCAUUUCCUGGUGGUUCAAUGACAGGUGCACCUAAGUUGAGAUCAAUGGAACUUCUUGAUUCUAUUGAAAGUUGUUCUCGAGGUAUCUACUCCGGCUGUAUUGGUUUUUUCUCGUAUAAUCAAAGAUUUGAUCUAAAUAUUGUCAUAAGAACAGUCAUUAUACAUGAGGGUGAAGCUUCAAUAGGAGCUGGAGGGGCAAUUGUUGCUCUGUCAAACCCCGAAGAUGAGUACGAAGAGAUGGUCUUGAAGUUUUGCUUAGAGCUCAUAUGCCAAAGAAAUAGUUUUUUCCUUUCAUAGAAUAGUAAGGAAUGUUGUAGUAUAUCAAGGCUUAAUAGUUUUAGGGUUAGAAGUCAAUUGGUUUUCUUUUCACACAGGAGGGUUCCUUUUCAAUUUUUAGAAGCAUAGAUGAAUUGUAUUAGUAAUAUUAAUGCAUAGAUGAGCAUGGCCACAAUUUAGGCUUGCUGGGUUGUACUUCUCUGCUUCAGGUUUUUCUAUAAUGUGAUUCGAGUUGCAUGAAUUCCCGGUGUUCUUAUUGUAUUCAUUCAUUUCCUUGUGAUAUUUGUGACCUUUUUGUUCAAUGAUAUUCUUUCUGCUA